AUGCCGUCGACCAAGGACAAGGUGCUAUCAUUAUGGCACAACAAGCGUGCCCAAGUGGUGAUGUUCUCCUCAACAGCCAUUGCGUUGUAUGGAUAUGAUCAGGGGAUGAUGUCCCUGAUCAACACCAACUUCGACUAUCUCUACACAAUGGGCAUCUCUGGCGACAGCCCAAUCAUCGGUUGGAUUGUGGGUAUCUACUACCUGGGCUGCGCCGUGGGAGCUGUGCUAUUUUCAAUGGUAGCAGAUCGUUAUGGCCGGAAGAAGUCCAUAUUCGCCUGCUUAGCGACGGCUUCUCUAGGAAAUCUUAUCAUGUUCGUCUCGGGGCUCUGGGGAAGGCCAGGCGCUCUGUACACCAUGUUCGCAGGCCGUAUUGUCAUGGGACUUGGAGUAGGUGGCGUCGAUGCUGUGAUUCCUAUUUACAGCUCCGAGCUGGCAAGGGAUGAGGCUCGCGGCAAGGCGCUUGCGCAAGAGUUCCAGAUGAACAUCUUUGGGUUGAACAUGGCGUUUGGGAUCAACUUAGGUGUAACACGCGCCCUGGGCAAGUCUAGCGAAUGGGCCUGGCGUAUCCCCAUCAUUGUGAUGCAGGUAUACCCAGUGGCACUCCUCGCCUGUAUUGAAACCCUGCCCGAAAGCCCCAGGUGGUUCAUCUCUAACGGCAGAGACGACGACGCAAGAAAAGCGCUCGAGGAUAUAUAUGGCGAGCUUGGGGAUGGCGAAGCAGGCGAUGGACACAGGCAGUUCGAGGAUCUGAAGCGGAUUCACGAAGAAGAAGUCAGCCACAGCGUAAGCUAUUGGGAUAUGCUUACUCCAAGCCACGAUCAGUUCCACCCUACCUUCAUCACUUGUUUGGUCCAAUUCAACCAAGCACUGACUGGUUAUGGUGCUGUUUCGGUUUACGGACCCCAGAUCUUCUCUCUACUUGGAUUCGACAUAGUCACUGCCGAGAACCUUACCAUGGCCAAUUAUCUCUCUUAUUUCGUGCUAAUGACCAUUGCCUGGAUACUCAUUGAUGCCAUGGGCCGCCGUGUGCUCAUGCUUUGGGGCUCUGUGGUUCUCACCGUCUGCUUCCUCCUGCUUGCCAUUUUCGGCGGCCUUGCGAUGCACGCAGACUCGCUCGGCCUCGAUCAGACUGCAAUGGCCAUACCUGGCAUUAUGUCUCUAUUUGUUGCUACGGGUGCCUUUGGUAUUGGAUGGCUAGCGACCGUAUGGCUUAUACCCACCGAGAUUUUCCCGACAACAGCUCGUGCGCAGGCGGCUGCGAUUAGUGUCGUCAUAUGGGGACUCGCCAACUUCGCCAUCACUUUCUUAACACCAAUCAUGUUCAACAACCUGACCUACCUAAUUUUCCUCGUGUUCGCGGCUACCAAUGCGGCGGCGGGAAUCUCCACUUACUUUCUCUUACCGGAAAGCGGCAAUAGAAGUUUUGAGGACAACGUGCUGUUUUUCCAAGAGGCCAAGAAGGUGGGUUCUUGGCUCGUGGGACGCGUCAAGGACGGAGAGUGGAAGAGUAUGCCGUAUGGUGAUGUGCUGCUUGAUGGGAGCGCUGAGGCUCAUGAGCAGCAACCGUUGUUGAGCAGGGUGGGCGACCAGAUACCAUGA